UGCGCAAGCGCAGCCCGGGUGACGAAGAUGGUGCUCAUCAAGGAAUACCGUGUAGUGUUGCCAGUCUCUGUGGAAGAGUAUCAAGUAGGGCAGCUGUUCUCUGUGGCUGAGGCCAGCAAAAAUGAGACGGGAGGAGGAGAAGGCAUCGAGGUGCUGAAGAACGAACCUUAUGAGAAGGAUGGGGAGAAGGGACAGUACACACAUAAAAUUUACCAUCUAAAGAGUAAAGUCCCAGGGUAUGUGAAGAUGAUCGCACCAGAGGGAGCUUUAGUUUUUCAUGAAAAGGCUUGGAACGCCUAUCCAUACUGUCGCACAAUUGUGACGAACGAGUACAUGAAGGACGACUUUAUGAUAAAGAUCGAGACAUGGCACAAACCAGACAUGGGAACAAUAGAAAAUGUCCAUGACCUGGAUGAGCAGACGUGGAGGACUGUGGAGGUGGUUCCCAUAGACAUCGCAAACAAUGAAGAGGUGGCACCUGGGGACUAUAAGUCAGAAGAAGAUCCAGCUCUUUUCCACUCAGACAAGACAGGCAGAGGUCCUCUCAGCCCUGAAUGGAAGAACGAGCUGAAGACAGACUGUCCGUACAUGUGUGCGUACAAACUGGUCACUGUCAAGUUCAGAUGGUGGGGUCUGCAGACCAAAGUGGAGGGUUUCAUCCACAGGCAAGAAAAGCGUAUUUUCACCAACUUCCACCGCCAGCUGUUCUGCUGGAUCGACAGAUGGGUGGGGUUGACCAUGGAGGACAUCAGGCGGAUGGAAGAGGAGACCCAAAAAGAGCUUGAGGAGAUGCGUCAGAAGGGAGAUGUCCGAGGCACGUCUGCGACAGACGAGUAGAGGCCGGCCACUGUAGGUCAAUCUCUAGAGGCAGGCUGACUGCGUAAAACAGGUCCGAUUCGAGGCACCAGUGCUGCUCAUGAGCAAUGAGGCAAAUCAACCAAACCCUGUCAUGAUGAUGUCAUCAGAGACACGCCCACCACCACCACGCUGAUGACGAGGAAGCGGCCCUGCCGUCGCCCUCUUCUCCUGUCUGUCUCACAUGAUUCAUUGGGGGGUUUGACACGAUUGGUUAACAGUACUGUACAGCUCCUUACCCCGAUCACAAGCCUCCCGUUCACUCAGAAAAAAAAGAAAAAAAAAACAUGGUUUUGCAUACAUAUAAAAAGAAAAAAAAACUCUUUGCACAGAACGUAACUUGCCUGAUAUGUAAUUGUUAGUUGAUUAUUACAAUGGGCUUUGUUUUUAUUCAGCUGUGUAAACUGGGACUCAGAAAGUCAAGCCUUUUAAAAUAAUUAGAAUGUUGUUUUUAGACCAACCGGUUCCCUUUCAAAUUGGUGUAAGACUUUAGCAGGUAUUGGACCAUGUAUCUCCCCUCUUUUCCUUGUAUUAUAACUGUCUGUCUCUACUUUAUUCCUCGUCUCUCCCCUCAUUAUAAUCUCGUCCUGGUAAAUUUGUCUGGAUCUCCUUCCCUUUUGUCUCACCCUCCCCUCUGUCUGGCAGUUGGUCGGGAUGUUUUUCUUUCAUUUCGAGGCGAUCCAUGCCUGUUUUUCAAAGUCGACGCAAAUUUAAUGCAUGAUGGGUAAUUCUCUGCUAUUGUUUCACAUUUUCAAACAUGCACACCAGGCCUCCUCCCCCUCCCUCCUUCGUCACAAGUGCAUGUGAGAACAACAACAGCUCCUCACUUUAAACUGUCAUUGCAUGUGUACAGUCAGUGCAAUGCAGCUUUUGCUCAAGUGGAUUGAUGAAAGAGUGCUCCUCGGUGCCCUCUAGGAGAGUCUGUACAAUACACCUGUGUGUUAGCGCGUGCAUCUGUGUGCUUGUUUGUGCGAUCAAACUGCCUUCGCUCUUUUAAGGACUUUUGAGACCGAGACGGAAAAGAGGCUUCCAGUCGAACGUGCCUCAUGCUGCCGCUGCAUGUCUUUCCUCCUUUGCUAGGGCUUAACCUGGAAGCUUUUUCUUUUGUAAAACAAAUGAGGAUGAGAGCCUGUGCGUCAUUGCGUGCAUGAAGUAGUUUUUUUUAUAACUCUUAAACUACGGCUUCUCUCAGCGCAAAGCGGUCCAGGCAGAUGUAAACAAGCAUUCUGGGUGUGUAGUCUUUAUUUACACCAUUUAUAGGUAUUUUUUAAAGUUUUCAUCUAUAAAAAAGUAUAAAAUAAGUCAGCCUGAGCUUUUCUCAACUGUUUUUUAGAAUGAAAUGGCUUUAGUAAAGAUAAAAAUAGACUCAUGAUUGGUGUUGGGUGGUGUAGUUUGAGCCUGGUGGCAUCUUUUCCCCGCGUUUUCCUUUGUUUUUGUCCGCUCUCACAGCCGUCUUUAUUUUGAUUCUGUCAGGCUUUAGGUGAAAAUAUUUUGUGGUGUUUUUUAUGAUCAUGGCGUAGCUUAGUGCAUUUACACAGCUUUGUUUAUAUGGUCAUGAAUGAGUGCGUAGGUUUUGUUGUAACCUAUCUAUGCGUGGUUUAAAGAGAGUUAUAAGUGUACUUUAUAAUAGGCCCAUUCUAGAAAUGGACAAACUGUACAUACAAACACUGACUUGAAUGGGGAUGUUCACCGCUACAAGGCGUCGUCAGGUCAUUCAUCCAUACUGUACCGCUAACUUAAAGUAAGUUAUGAAGUUUUCAGACGUCAGCUCUGUGGACGGUGAGCAAUGGGAGCAAGCUUUCCACGUGCUGUCGUCACUAAAACCACGGUUCAACUGUACCUCAUCCAUGCUUUAUGAAUGUACAGAGCAGAGACAGAUGUGUGGAGGUUUGCAGGACGGUGCAGACAUGUUUCACACCUGUACAAGCAUGACAUGGGCCUGUUAGUCAUCAGUACAUGAGGAGAGAUUUAAACGCAUCUGGAUUUUACAGGAGAUGAUACGGGCCAAGAAUAAGAGAAAAAGCAGGAAGAUAUUUGAUUUAUUUUUGCAUUUAGAGAAUAACUGAAUGUGGAGGUUAAAGUCGAGCUUUUAUAGUGACAGUUAUUAACAAAAAGGAAGGACAGUUUUGGUUUUGUAUUUGAAGAAUGAAGUUGGAAUUUGCCAGUGCAAAUUUAUUUGCAUUAUGAUAACAUGGCGGAAAUGUUACCAAAGCAACAUAUGCAGCUUUUUACACCUUUGAAUAAAAGUUUUAAAGUAGAUCUAAAAGUAUGAAAACAUUCAGCAGGGAGAAUGGCAUUGAUCAUGUACCACAGCACUCUAACACUAGCAGUGGGCCAUGGUUCUCUCAUAGCAUAAGUUCAUAAACCAGCCCACAGCUCAAACAAAGCCAGUUAGUCUCAGGACUGUUUGAUAGAACUGCUGAGGCUAAGAGGUGGAAGAGGGCAGGGGCAGAUGAAGCUAAGAAGAGAAAAAUAGUGGCCAAGCAAGGAGCGGGACAAAAAGCAACAAUAUUGACACUAGUAGAGUCAUAUUUGUUCAACAUCCUUGUCUGUCGACGUGGUUCUGUGGCUUCUCACAGCAUCGUAGCCAGUUUCUUUGUGUCAUCAGUGCACAUUGGUAGUUCCCAUCAUUUUUCACUGGAGCCCCCACAAGGACCCAUAGGAAAAAACUGACGCAUUACUGUUGAAAAUCCCCGUUGAUUUUGGCUGUAUUAUCGAUAAAACCUUGCGUCCCAGGGUGCCUGAGCUCUUUUUAGAUACAAAUAGGAAGGCUCAGAGGAAAGGUUAGGGACCACUGCAUUAUGGGUCUAAUCAUGAUUUUUAAAAAGCGUGUACAUGUAAUUUUGACAACCUUGGAGCAGACAAAGCCUCACACCCCUCCUGGGGUCCAAGACCAUGGGUUGGGACCUAAUGGUCUAGGCCUUGGGUCAUCAACUUCAUUUUCAUAAGGCCAGCUUUUUCUUGACCAACGUUGUAGGGGCCAGAUAUUGAAAUAAACUAAAAUAAAAUCAAUAUUUAUGUCUAAUUACAUAUUCUUGUAGAAACAUUAAUAACUCUCCAAAAUUAAUGGAACUUUAAGCCUUUAACAGUGAUAUCAGUUCCUGUCACCUAUACUGCUGCCAGCCACAAGGGGGCGAUUGAGAUAUUUUAGUUACAUAUUUCUUGAGCCCUCUUGAUGUUUGUCACUGAGUUUUAUGCUAAUAUGCUGUGUCUUGAUUGGCCAAAAACACACGCAAGAAACAGAUCUUUUGCAAAGUUUCAGGGGAAAUUGCACUCUCACAGCGCCUUAUGUGGAAAACUGAUGCAAAAAAAUGCAACUUCAAUCAAAAUAACAAUGAUAAGUGUGUGUUUAUCAUGACAAAUUACAGAAAUACCAGUGUGCUUCUGGUCCGAUAAGCUGCUGGGUUAAUGGUUUUAUUUAAAAUUCUGUGAAAAAUCUAAACAAUUGCAUUCCAUAUUUCUGCCCUCUCAAAUUUUCUGAAUUUAUAAUCUGGGGGCCUGAUCUGGCCCCCGGGCCUCCAGUUGAUGACCAUUGGUCUAGGCAUUUUAUGCCAGUGUAGUUGCUCUCAAAGACCUUCAGUGGAUGCCAAAGCACACCAAACUACAUAAUAUUGCUUUAAAGUUGAAAAUCCUACUAAAAUACAACACUUUAGUCCCUGUGCAAGGUCAUAGGAAAAAAGAGAAUUUUGACAUUUAUAAUAAAUGUUGAAAAAUGUCUCCAUACUUGACAUUAUUCUUAAUCGUUAAGCUUCCUAGGAAGCCUAACAGAUCCAUUAUUGAGGAAGAAGAAAGAAAUAAAGCGGAAAAUUCACAAAAAAGAAUUCUUCUCCCUCUGAUUUAUUUUUUUUAUUUUUUUUUUUUUUUGC